AUGGCACCGGUUCUGAAGUUCAUUCCCCGCGCCGUCCUCCAGGGCGUUUUCUUCUACAUGGGCAUCGCCUCCCUGACGGGAAACAACCUCUUCGACCGCAUGAAGCUCUGGCUCAUCUGGGACUCCUCUAAGUAUCCGUCGUACCACUACAUCCAGAAGCUGCCCGUGAGCAGGGUCCACCUCUACACGUUCGUGCAGUUCAUCUGCCCGGCCAUCCUCUAUGGACUGAAGGAGAUCAAGGAGACUGCCGUGGUCUUCCCCUUCUUCAUGGCAUCCCUGGCCAUCAUCCGCAAGGUGCGGAGAUCACCGGAUCCACAGCCCCAAAGCCCGAAGCAGCAUCGAAGCCCUCGGGCAUCCGCGUGCGAAACUCACUAA